ACGUCCCUAUGGCAUGCGCGAGGCGGUGGCUGGGUACCGCCAUUUUGGCCGGCGGCCGUAGGAACACGCUGUGUGACUGAGAAGUGAAAGCAAGAGCUGAUUUGGUCUCUACGCUCCCCUCCGCGAGGGGAUCGUUUUCUCCAGGAGAGCUGGAUAUUCUUACUUCUUUAGAAUUAUGGCAGAUAAAUUGACGAGAAUUGCUAUUGUCAACCAUGACAAGUGUAAACCUAAGAAGUGUCGGCAGGAGUGCAAAAAGAGUUGCCCUGUGGUUCGAAUGGGAAAAUUAUGCAUAGAGGUUACACCCCAGAGCAAAAUAGCAUGGAUUUCUGAAACUCUUUGCAUUGGUUGUGGUAUUUGUAUUAAGAAAUGCCCCUUUGGCGCCUUAUCAAUUGUCAAUUUACCAAGCAACUUGGAAAAAGAAACAACACAUCGAUAUUGUGCCAAUGCCUUCAAACUUCACAGGUUGCCUAUUCCUCGUCCAGGUGAAGUUUUGGGAUUAGUUGGAACAAAUGGUAUUGGAAAGUCAACUGCUUUAAAAAUUUUAGCAGGAAAGCAAAAGCCAAACCUUGGAAAGUAUGACGAUCCACCUGAUUGGCAAGAAAUUUUGACUUACUUCCGUGGAUCUGAAUUGCAAAAUUACUUUACCAAGAUUCUAGAAGAUGACCUAAAAGCCAUUAUCAAACCUCAGUAUGUUGACCAGAUUCCCAAGGCUGCAAAGGGGACGGUGGGAUCUAUUUUGGACCGAAAGGAUGAAACAAAGACACAAGCAAUUGUAUGUCAACAGCUGGAUUUAACCCAUCUAAAAGAACGAAAUGUUGAAGAUCUUUCAGGAGGAGAGUUGCAGAGAUUUGCUUGUGCUGUCGUCUGCAUACAGAAAGCUGAUAUUUUCAUGUUUGAUGAACCUUCUAGUUACCUAGAUGUCAAGCAACGAUUAAAAGCUGCUAUUACUAUACGAUCUCUAAUAAAUCCAGAUAGAUAUAUCAUUGUGGUGGAACAUGAUCUAAGUGUAUUAGACUAUCUCUCUGACUUCAUCUGCUGUUUAUAUGGCGUACCAAGUGCUUAUGGUGUUGUCACUAUGCCUUUUAGUGUAAGAGAAGGCAUAAACAUUUUUUUGGAUGGCUACGUUCCGACAGAGAACUUGAGAUUCAGAGAUGCAUCACUUGUUUUUAAAGUGGCUGAGACAGCAAAUGAAGAAGAAGUUAAAAAGAUGUGUAUGUAUAAAUAUCCCGGGAUGAAGAAAAAGAUGGGAGAGUUUGAGCUAACAAUUGUAGCUGGAGAGUUUACAGAUUCUGAAAUCAUGGUGAUGUUGGGGGAAAAUGGCACCGGUAAAACGACGUUUAUCAGAAUGCUUGCUGGAAGACUCAAACCUGAUGAAGGAGGAGAAGUACCAGUUCUAAAUGUCAGUUAUAAGCCACAGAAAAUCAGUCCCAAAUCAACUGGAAGUGUUCGACAGUUACUACAUGAAAAGAUAAGAGAUGCUUAUACUCAUCCACAAUUUGUGACUGAUGUAAUGAAGCCUCUGCAAAUUGAAAACAUCAUUGAUCAAGAGGUGCAGACGUUAUCUGGUGGUGAGCUGCAGCGAGUAGCUUUAGCUCUUUGUUUGGGCAAACCUGCUGAUGUCUAUUUAAUUGAUGAACCAUCUGCAUAUUUGGAUUCUGAGCAAAGACUGAUGGCAGCUCGAGUUGUCAAACGUUUCAUACUCCAUGCUAAGAAGACAGCCUUUGUUGUGGAACAUGACUUCAUCAUGGCCACCUAUCUAGCAGAUCGAGUCAUCGUUUUUGAUGGUAUUCCAUCUAAAAAUACAGUUGCAAACAGUCCUCAAACCCUUUUGGCUGGCAUGAAUAAAUUUUUAUCUCAGCUUGAAAUUACUUUCAGAAGAGAUCCAAACAACUAUAGGCCAAGAAUAAACAAACUCAAUUCAAUUAAGGAUGUAGAACAAAAGAAGAGUGGAAACUACUUUUUCUUGGAUGAUUAGACUGAAUCUGAGAAUAUUGAUAAGCCAUUUAUUAAAAGAAACAUUUAUUAGGAUUUUGUCAUAGAAAACUUUAAUCAGGUUUUAUGCCUCACAUACUCUGGAGCUUGAAGUAUAGUUUACUUAAUGUAACAUCAAAAGCCAGUUGUGUUGUAAAUUGUAGUCUGAAUACAGAAAAUGCCCCAUUUCUGUUCUAGAUAAGCCCCUUUUUGUGCAUAACAUUCUAAAAUGAAGACAUUUCAAGCUAAACAAAUUACCUCCAAGUUUUCAUGAUGUAUGGGAAGAUUUUUAAUGGGUGUAUAAUAUUCAUGUACCAAAUGCUCACCAGUUUUGCCCCCUUUUAAAAAUCUUGAAAAAAGAUUUCUGUACUUACAUGGUUUGCCAAGUAUGACAAUAUAAUGAAACUGCCCUUAUUUUAAAAGCCGGUCGAAGACUCCACUGAUGAAAUUUGAUAAAUAAACAUCAGGAUUAUAUUUGUUAUUUGUUUUCAGUCUUUGCACUAUAUUAUCAGUGUGUUUAGGCUUUCAAAGGAAAAUUACUACAAAACACCACUUUUGGGAAAUGGCUCUGUUACCAACUUAAAUAUUGUUUACGAUGUUUUUGGUGCUGUUGAAUAUCUAUCAGAAAAAUCAUUUCAACACCUCUCUCCCCACCACCUACCAAGAAAAAACCCAACUUUAGUCUGAAUUAUUCAAUUUUAGAUUUCCAUAAGAUUGUAUAUUCUGUAAUUAUUCUCAAGGUCAUUCUUUAAACAUACAUUUAUGUAAUCACUGAUCAAGAUUUAGGAAAAAGCAUUUUAAAGAAUAUUUGUUUCCCUUUAAAGUACAGGCUCAAAAUCUUUAGAGUUGGUGCCUAAGCACCUGUGUAUUUUUAAACUUUCACAGAUUUCUUCUGAUGGGCAGCCAAGGACUAUGAGCCGUUUACCUAAAGGCAACAUUAAUGCAAAUGAAUCCCCAGAUAGCAAUACAGAGUAUCCUUUGGUACCAGAUAUAUUCAUUUCUAAGUCUGGAUAUAGGGGACAUUAUCUAAAUCUAUUUGACUUUUUGUUUUUUGCUUUUUGAAUUUUGGAUAGUGUGUAGUAAGAGUUCUGAAAACUUAUCUUAGGUUCCUGAGUUUGAACAGUGGGAUACCUGUAAUGUGAAACCACUUCCAUUUCUAUUUCUGAUUAUACUAGUGCACUGAACUGGAACUAACAGAGUACAAGUGAGGAAAAGAGUUUACUAAAUAAAUUAAUGGAGCAAGCAAAAUAGAGAGGAAAUUUAGAAGUUAUUGAAUAGACUUUUAGAGCUCCUUGAAACUGUAGAAGCUUUGAUUAAUAUGCAAACAGUGGAUAGAAGGUAUGGUUUAACUGCACCCCAUUAGGCCUUUUAAAAAAUUAAUUUAUAUGACUAAUCCAUAAGUACAUGUUUAUUGUGAAAAAAGCAAAUAUACAGAAAUAUGUAGACUAAAAAGUUAUGAUUUCCCUUUACAUUACCCUCCCAAAGGUUACCUGUGUUUGCUGUUAAUAUAUAUCCUUUCAUGCUUUGCACUUACUAAGUGUGUGUGAAUAUGUAAAGGGUUUAUUUUGUACAUAAAUGGGAUUAUACUAAAAUAAGUAGUGCCUACUUUAAGGAUAGGUUAAAUUUGUGAAUGCUUAUUUCAUAUAUUGAAUAAAAUAAGACAAAAGCUA